AUGCUCGCCGAAAGCGAGGUCUCCACAGUGGAAACACACUUUCAAAGCGGCAUGCGAAGACCAUAUAAAUAUUGCUUCGACGACCUUCAUCCUUCAUCCUCCAUCCCUUACACGCUACACCUACUGCCACUGCGAACACAUACCCAUUCUCAUAACAUCUUACUCAAUUAUCUGCUGGCUCAGAUGACCCAAUCUCCCUCAUAUCCCUCAUCGCACGGUUCCGACUCUUCCAAUGCAAACCAGGACACCCCAAACACUGGCAUGCAUAUGGGUCAAUUUCCCUGGCCCCAUCCCGCACACAUGCAUCAUCCAGGCUAUGCCCCUGCACCCCCCGCACCCCCCUGCUUCCCGUACGGCGUCCCUCCCCCCAUGUACCAACAAUCCUUCCCUUCGGGGCAUUUUCCAGGAGUCAUGACCUCCAAUGCAACUUACACAUCGUACCAACCAUACCUCCAUCAGCAUCACGGGGCCGGGCUGGUAACGGGCUCUGCUUCUCCAUCUUCUCCUCAAGCACCAAGUUUGUCGGUCGGUGACAAGCGCGUCGUAAAUGACCUCCAAGACCGUAACGUCAAGCGAAUUAAAAUGAGCUUCGACGGGAUAGAGGACGACCCGCUCUUUGCACCCAUGAUAGAUCAACAUGGUCAACACGAUGGGAGAUAUAUGUGUUUUAAGGAUGGCAUGCUCGUCCGUCCUGGCAGUUAUAAACGCCAUCUCAAGACAGAAAAACAUCUUGGUUACAAACCAACGGAAUUUGCGUGCCCUCGUUGUCUGCACACUUAUACCCGACGUGAUGCCUGCAAGAGGCAUUGGGAGGACAGUUGUGGAAAGCUACCAGUUAAUGGCGCUCGGCUAUCUUACGCAGCCGCUUGCCGAGCUUUCACGAGUUUUAAUUCCGCUUUAGCUACUGCGUCAUUCAUGCCCCAUUUACCCGCGACAGCCACGACGACGUCCCAUAGCUCACCACCCGAGAUCAUCCCGACAGACGCCGUAAACCCUUAUUCCUGGGCAGCUAGUGACAUACAGGACCCUCCUUUGGUGGCACCCGUACUUCCUCCAUUCGAAGGGCAAGACACCGAGGUCCAGGUGGCACCUGUACUUACCCCAUCUGAAGGGCAGGACAUUGCACUCGUUGAGGUCCACAAUCCUUUGGCGGCUGAUGCGAUGCAAGAACCUCCUUUGGCGACACCCGUGCUUCCCCCAUCUGAAGUACGAGAGAUUACACUCGCAGAGGUCCGCGGAUGCAUUCCCUUUUGGAGGUGGAUUAAUGACACGGAGGGCCUCGUGGAUCCCCUCCCUCCCAUCACUGAGCCUCCGUCCUCUCGCCUGCCAGAGGCCAUGCUUGUGGACGCCGCCGAAGACCCGGAUGUUUGGCGCCUCAUUAAUGAGAUAGACGACUUUGUAGAUCCCGAAAUUCCUCUCUGCGAGUCUUCCACAGACGCUGCCGAAGACCCUGAUUUUUGCAACUUCCCAAUCAGGACCCUUUUGGUAUGCUCUUGGCUAGACAAUUCUUACGGGAGUGAUCUACACCAACGAUCUCCCUCUGAAUUACCACCUCUCUCUUCUACCCCCGUCGACCAUGAGAUGUAGAGUUCAUUUCAUAUUUCACAUCUUUACCAACUAUCCAUUAUUCUUUCCAUGUCUUGCUACUUUCUGUCGCCGAUUCAUGUAUAGCACCACACAUUCUUUUCAUUCUCCUUCGCAUAACACACUAUCCUUUCCUUGCUUUGCUUCUUGCUGUCGCCUAUUCACGUACAGCACUACACGCUCUUUUCCUACCGUAUGGCAUAGCCCGCUGCCACGUUC